AUGGGGGACCACUUUGAGAAGGGCCAGCAUGCUCUGCUCAAUGAAGGAGAAGAGAAUGAGAUGGAGAUAUUUGGCUACCGGACUCAAGGCUGCCGGAAAACCCUCUGUCUUGCUGGAUCCAUCUUCUCAUUUGGGAUCCUCCCCUUGGUGUUUUACUGGAGACCCGCCUGGCACGUGUGGGCAAACUGUGUCCCGUGUUCCUUGCAAGAGGCAGAUGUCGUGUUGCUGAGGACAACAGAUGAAUUCCACACUUACUCGUGGAAAAAGGUAAUGUGGAUCUACCUGUCAUCAUUAAACAGCACGUUUGGUGUCACUCCUGACCAGCCUCUCAUCACAGAUGAGGAGGACAUCAUAAAUAAAGCCAUCAGAAAGCCAGACCUAAAGGUGAGAUGUAUAAAAGUGCAGAAAAUAAGAUAUGUUUGGAACAACCUAGAAGGACAGUUCCAGAAAAUUGGUUCUUUGGAAGACUGGCUCAGUUCUGCCAAGAUACAUCUCAAAUUCGGAUCAGGUCUAACAAGAGAAGAGCAAGAGAUUCGGAGGUUAAUAUGCGGGCCUAAUACUAUCGAUGUUGAAAUCACUCCAAUUUGGAAACUACUCAUCAAAGAGGUUUUAAACCCAUUUUACAUAUUUCAACUCUUCAGUGUCUGCUUGUGGUUUAGUGAAGACUAUAAGGAAUAUGCUCUUGCCAUCAUAAUCAUGUCCGUCAUGUCCAUAGCUUUGACGGUAUAUGAUCUCAGAGAGCAAUCUGUAAAGCUCCACCAUCUAGUUGAGUCACAUAAUAGCAUUACAGUCGCCGUAUGUGGGAGAAAAGGUGGAGUCCAAGAGCUGGAAUCGCGCUUCCUGGUACCCGGAGAUCUAUUAAUUUUGACGGGAAACAAAGUACAAAUGCCAUGUGAUGCCAUCCUGAUUGAUGGCAGCUGUGUGGUAGACGAAGGCAUGCUGACAGGAGAAAGUAUUCCAAUCACUAAAACUCCACUGCCCAAGACGGAGAGCUCCAUGCCCUGGAAAACGCAGAGUGAAGCGGACUAUAAAAGGCAUGUCCUCUUCUGUGGGACAGAGGUUAUCCAAGCCAAGGGAGCAAGCUCCGGGACCGUGAGGGCGGUGGUGCUGCAGACUGGAUUCAACACUGCAAAGGGGGACCUUGUGAGAUCCAUUCUGUACCCGAAGCCAAUGAAUUUUAAGCUCUACAGGGACGCCAUCAGGUUCCUCCUGUGUCUUGUAGGGACAGCAACCAUUGGGAUGAUCUACACUUUGUGCGUCUAUGUGCUCAGCGGGGGGCCUCCGGAGGAGGUGGUGAAGAAAGCCCUAGAUGUCAUCACGAUUGCCGUUCCUCCUGCUCUCCCUGCUGCUCUGAGCACAGGCAUUAUCUAUGCCCAGAGGAGGUUGAAGAAGAAAGGCAUCUUUUGCAUCAGCCCCCAGAGGAUCAAUGUAUGUGGACAAUUAAACCUUGUCUGCUUUGACAAGACAGGCACCCUAACCAGGGAUGGUUUGGAUCUCUGGGGAGUCGUGCCCUGCGAUAGGACUGGCUUCCAGGAAGUCCACAGUUUUGCGUCAGGCAAGUCUUUGCCGUGGGGCCCGCUGUGUGCCGCCAUGGCCAGCUGCCACUCUCUGAUCCUUCUCAAUGGGACCAUUCAGGGAGAUCCUCUGGAUCUCAAGAUGUUUGAAGCCACCACCUGGGAGAUGGCUGUUUCUGGGGACGAUUUCCACAUCAAGGGAGUGCCAGCACAUGCCAUGAUAGUUAAGCCCUGCAAGCCAGCCAGCCAGGUGCCAGUGGAAGGAAUUGCAAUCCUGCAUCAGUUCCCAUUCUCAUCAGCACUGCAGAGGAUGACGGUCAUUGUGCAAGAGAUGGGGGGUGACCGGCUGGCAUUUAUGAAAGGUGCACCAGAAAGGGUGGCCAGCUUUUGCCAACCUGAGACAGUACCAACUAGUUUUGUUAGUGAGCUUCAGAUUUACACGACACAGGGCUUCCGGGUCAUAGCACUGGCCUACAAGAAGCUAGAAAUGGAUCAUCACACCACUGCCUUGACACGGGACAAAGUAGAAUCAGAUCUGAUUUUUCUGGGAUUGCUCAUCUUGGAGAAUCGGUUGAAGGAAGAAACAAAACCUGUUCUGGAAGAGCUCAUCUCUGCCCGGAUAAGGACUGUAAUGAUCACAGGUGACAAUCUUCAGACUGCAAUAACAGUGGCCAGAAAGUCUGGAAUGGUUUCUGAAAACCAAAAAGUCAUUCUCAUUGAAGCGAAUGAAAGCACUGGAUCCUCAUCAGCAUCUAUAUCUUGGAAAUUAGUAGAAGAGAAGAAACACAUUGCAUACAGCCAGCAGGAUAAUUACAUUAAUAUCAAGGAAGAAGUCUCUGAUCAUGGCAGAGAAGGAAGUUACCAUUUUGCCUUAAGUGGAAAAUCCUUUCAGGUUAUAAGCCAACAUUUCAGUAGCCUACUGCCAAAGAUACUGAUGAAUGGGACCAUCUUUGCAAGAAUGUCUCCUGGGCAGAAAUCCAGUCUGGUGGAAGAAUUUCAGAAACUGGAUUACUUUGUAGGUAUGUGCGGUGAUGGAGCCAAUGACUGUGGGGCCUUGAAAAUGGCUCACGUGGGCAUCUCUUUAUCAGAGCAGGAGGCAUCCGUGGCCUCACCUUUCACUUCUAAGACUCCAAACAUUGAGUGUGUACCUCACCUUAUCAAGGAAGGGCGUGCCGCUCUCGUGACCUCAUUUUGCAUGUUCAAGUACAUGGCUCUGUACAGCAUGAUCCAGUAUGUCGGUGUCCUGCUGCUCUACUGGGAGACAAACAGCCUUUCGAAUUACCAGUUUCUGUUCCAGGAUCUGGCCAUCACAACUCUUAUUGGUGUAACAAUGAAUCUGAAUGGCGCCUACCCCAAGCUGGCGCCUUUCAGGCCUGCAGGACGGCUCACCUCCCCACCUCUGCUGCUGUCUGUGAUUCUCAACAUUCUUCUGAGCCUAGCCAUGCACAUCGUGGGCUUCAUUCUGGUCCAGAGGCAGCCUUGGUAUUCCAUGGAGCCGCACAGUGCCUGCACAGUACAAAAUGAAAGCAUCUCAAAGUUAACCGUUUCUCCCACUGUUCCAGAAAAAAUUGGAAGUAACGGUGCCUUCACAAGCUUCGAAAACACUACCAUAUGGUUCUUGGGAACCAUCAACUGUAUCGUUGUGGCUCUCAUUUUCUCUAAAGGAAAACCAUUCAGGCAGCCCAUAUAUAAGAAUUAUAUAUUUGUCGUUGUGCUGGUCAUACAGCUGAGUGUGUGUCUAUUCAUUCUAUUUGCUGAUAUUCCAGAAUUAUAUAGGCGUUUGGAUCUUCUCUGCACUCCCCUUCUGUGGAGGGUUUACAUCAUCAUUAUGCUCAGCUCCAAUUUCAUAGUGUCCCUUGUGGUGGAGGAGGCCAUUAUUGAAAAUCGAGCCCUGUGGAUGACCUUCAAAAGGUGUUUUGGCUAUCAGUCGAAAAGCCAGUAUCGGAUCUGGCAGAGGGCCUUGGCAGAUGACCCCAGCUGGCCCCCGCUAAACCAAAUGUCCUACUCCGACAUGCCAGAAUGUGGCAGGGGAGUGUCUUACAGCAACCCGGUGUUUGAGAGCAAUGAGGAACAACUCUGAGGCCAAAGUGAUAUCAAGUUGGUAAAGCAUAGCGACGAUGACAACAGGGACCAGUUUCAGUGGUUUUCUAACAGUGAUACCCUUACAGAAUCACCUGGAGUUUUUGGAACAAAAAGUCUAUUCAAUCACGGUCGCAAAUUCAAGUUUACCUGAUAAGAUACUUUCUACAAAGCAGAACACUGCCCCCAAGAAGAGUGCCUUCCUCUUGAUUCUGAAAGGACUGAAGGUAUUGGUGAAUCAAUAUGGACCAACGAUGGCAAUGGGCCCAGAGAUUGGGAGGCUAAAGGACAAGGGGAAUAUAUAAUCUUUUUUUCUUAGAUAACAUAUUUUUUAAAUGAACUGAGAGAAAGUAGCAAUAUGUGUAGCCAUAGAAUUGUAACAUGUGAAAGAUCACCUUUGGGUUCUUAUUUUAUUGAUGGAAAGACAAGUGCAUGAGAGCCAUUACACCAGUCUUCACUGUAUGGUGUCCUUUCCUGCCUAGUACUUUCAGAGUUUCCCCUACAUAUUUGGAAGGAUGGGCUAAGCUCAUACUUCAGUCACAAACAAGUCCCUUCUUUCAGUGGCUUAACACACAAGAGCUUCUUUCAUGGCCCAGGUGACUCUGUAGACUAGCUCUCCUCAGUGGUCACUGCUUCAACCUGUUGGCUCCACCGGCUGGAAACAAGAACUCCACAUUUGCUGUGAUGGGAAAUGAAGAGACUGAAGAAGGUGCAAGGGCUUUCCACUGCCUCACCCAAAAAGUGAAACACUUCUCUUCCACUCCUCAGAUAUCAUUAAUCAGGAGUUUGGCAAAGAACCUGCGAAGUACAGUCUCCUGGUUUCGUGAGCACAAGGCCUGUGCAUUCACCUGGGGCCCCAUGCUUAUAAGGGCCCCACAUUUAGUUUCAUGCUUUGCUGUUGCCAUCUUGAAAUUCUUAAUUUUUGAUGCUCUUUCGAUAUGUGCUACUCUAGUUUCUCUCCCAGGAAUCCAAGCUGGACCCCUCACAUAAUUUGUGGGGCUGAGUACAAAAUGAAAAAGUAGAACGAUAAGUCUGGCUAGGGGAGCCCUGAAGUUGGCAAGAUGCUCUUGAGAUGACUAUGUGGGUCUUUUUAUUUUUUUUAAUGUUUUAUUUAUUUCUGA